AUGUUAAACGGAAACUGGCGAGUCCAUGAAAUAGAGAAAAGCUGCGAGAGGCGAUGCUUGGACGAAGAAAUAAUCAAAUAACUUAACAACAAUACUAAGGAACUGCUUUCAGUUACUUAAUUUUUAUAUAGCACCAUCGACGGAAGACCUACAACAAUGUCUGCCCAAGCUCAAAUGAGAGCUUUGCUCGACCAGCUAAUGGGAACAGCGAGGGAUGGCGAUGAGACGCGGCAGAGGGUGAAAUUCACUGACGAGCGAGUCUGCAAAAGUCAUCUUCUAAACUGCUGUCCACAUGACAUCCUGUCUGGAACCCGUAUGGACCUGGGUGAGUGCACGAAGAUCCAUGACCUGGCACUUCGGGCAGAUUAUGAAAUUGCCUCCAAGGAGAGAGAUCUGUUCUUUGAGCUUGAUGCGGUCGAUCACCUGGAGUCAUUCAUUGCCGACUGUGACCGCAGGACAGAACUAGCAAAGAAACGCCUGGCUGAGACCCAAGAAGAGAUCAGUGCUGAGGUGGCGGCAAAGGCAGAAAAGGUUCAUGAGCUGAAUGAGGAAAUAGGGAAGCUCCUGGCCAAAGCUGAGCAGCUCGGAGCCGAGGGCAACGUUGAUGAGGCCCAGAAGGUUCUGCAGGAAGUAGAGAAGGUCCGCACUAGGAAGAAGGAUGCAGAGGAAGAGUACAGAAACUCCAUGCCGGCCUCCAGCUUCCAGCAGCAGAAGCUUCGGGUGUGCGAGGUGUGCUCUGCUUACCUGGGUCUCCAUGACAAUGACCGUCGUUUGGCCGACCAUUUUGGUGGAAAGCUUCAUUUGGGCUUCAUCCAGAUUAGAGAGAAACUGGACCAACUAAAGAAAACUGUGGUCGACAAGCAGGAGAAAAGGAACCAGGAACGCUUGAAGAGACGAGAAGAGAGGGAGAAAGAGGAAAGGAUGAAGAAGAGAACCAGAUCACGGAGCAGAGAGCAUAGAAGGUCCCGUUCUCGUGACCGCAGAAGGAGGCGCUCGCGCUCCUCAUCACGAGACAAGCGCCGGUCACGCUCACGCUCCAGGGAGAGGAGGAGGAGGCAUCGUAGCCGAUCCCGCUCUCGCAGCCGAGGACACCGUCACAGCCACGAGCAGAGCUCCAAACACAAGUCGUCCAGGGACCGAGAGCGCUCAUCCAGAGACAGGUCACGGGAGCGAGACAGGCGGGAUGGUAUGAACGGCAGGUCGGACUCUCGCCGGGCAGAUGACAGGGACAUGGGGGACCUCUGAAGACCAAACUCCAUCAAUCACGACACACAACCUCCUUUUGUCUCUCUCACCUGUCCAUUUAUAAUAUCCUAAUGUUACACACGGUCCUUGCCUUGACCCCUUUGUUCUCCCGCCUGCCUCCUUUCUUUGCAGAGUGUACACGUACCUGAAAUACUAUAUGGGUUCAAUUUUCUAGCAUCCAGAUAUAUCAGAAGAUUGCAUUCGGAUGGGGGAGGGGGAUUAGUUAAUGAUCAGUAGUGGAGUGUAUUGUAAUACCCACAUCUGUAAUUUGGUGGCUGUCUGUAUCCAAUACAUCCCAUGUCUUGUUAUAAACUACCCUACAACAGAAAAAACAACCAUAAACUGAUGGUCUGCUGGACUGAAGCAUAAAAUGUAACUGAUCCAUGUUCUUUACUUACUGAUGGCCUUUUGAUACAGAAUCUGUCUGUAAAUAUGUUUUGGGCCUACAUUGUCAUGGUCUGAAAAGCCUCAUCCUAUCAACAAGUUGUUUUUUUUUGUCGUCUCCCUCUGUAGAUUUCUUUUCACCAGCUCCUGGUGAACGGCACUUGCAGUUCUUGAAUGUAUGUCCACAUAUACUUAGUUUGCUGAACCCAGUUAAAGUUUUAGGAACCCAAUUCAAAACCAAAAGGUUUGAAAGUUGCGAGUAUUAGUAUCAACCUUAUUUCUCCCAUUGUCCACUUUAUUUUUUUUAACUAAUCAAGUUGUAUUUUAUGCUGUCAGUAGUGAAGGGAAUCUAUUUGAUUGAGAGUUUGGUCAGUAUAAGUAAAUGCUUGUUUUGAAGUCUAUUGUUUCAUAAUUUGUUUCUAUCUUGUUUUCUUUUAUUUAAAAUAAUGAAAAUAAAUGGUUACUCCAAACUUAGUGUCGGCAUGUGAAGCAGUAGGUUCAGAAAUGAUAUAUUGGAAAUUCAGUGCUAUAACUGUACAUACCUUUUAUUAGUAAAGACAUAAGUUGAAAUUUUGGCCCAAAUUCCUUGCAAACCAAUUUUAAUGGAUGCGUUGCUUUACCUAAUGUGUUAAGUCAUAUCUGUUUAUGUUCUGCUGGACUUCUUUCUUUAAAGUCUCAAUUAAAAAAAAAUCCCAUUUUAA